UUUGCCGACCGUGACGCUCUCGUCUGCGUAGAAGAUGAGGCGGAAACGGGCCAACGAGCAAUCAUGCUCCAUCCAGUGCCGACAAAUGAUCCUAACGAGCCAUUGAAUUGGAGCACGCUGCGCAAAAGUGUCAACUUUGCGAUCGUGCUGGGGAUGACAGCAGUAGUCUUUACAGAGGUCUCGGUGCAAGCUAUCUUUUGGCAACAAAUGGUCGUGGAUCUCUCCGUCUCCUAUACUGAGCUAAACCAAGCCAUGUCUGUUCUGUACGUCGGGCUAAGCAUGGGCUGCGUGAUAUUCAUCCCUUUGGCCAAGAAGUUUGGUCGAAGACCCGUGUAUAUUGUGUCGACUGCUCUCAUGCUGGCCAGUUCUUUCUGGGCAGCGAAGCUGCACACGCUCGCUGAGCUAUAUGCUGUCAACCUGCUGUUUGGCCUGGCUGGUGCAACCAAUGAGACGAUCGUGGAGAUGACGAUAUCAGAUCUGUUCUUUGUGCAUCAUCGUGCGAGUAUGAACGGCUUGUACAUGACCAUGGUUAUGAUUGGCAGUUUCUUAUCACCGAUAGCAGCAGGAGCACAAGCAACCCAGCAGGGCUGGCGAUGGUCAUACCUGACCCUCGGCAUAUUCAACGCAUUCUUCUGCUUUUUGUUUUUCUUCAUUUACGAAGAGACCAAAUAUGUCCCCGUUCUCGAUGGGCAAGAGAGAGUCGCAAAUGAGGACCAGAAUACUAUAUCCUCGGCAACCGCAGACCGCAAGACACUUGCUGCCGUGGAGUCUAUCACCAAAAACUCACCCCCAGUCCAGCCUAGUAACCUUCAGCAUGAACUGAACCUGAGCAUCCCGACUAGGCCGUGGCGCGCGCGCCUCGCAAUUUGGACGCCAACAUCGGAGCCUGUCUGGCCCUACAUCUAUCGACCAUUUUAUGUCUUGUGUACUUUUCCAACAGUGCUGUUUACCGGCAUUCAGUAUGCAUCUGGUGUGGUCUGGCUGACUGUGGUUGCCAACAUGAUCGCGCUCGUCUUCCCGCUUCCUCCGUACAAUUUUACACCGGAACAGGUUGGCUUGAUGAGUCUUGGGCCGUUCUUGGGAAACCUGAUUGGAUCGCUGUAUGGCGGAGUGAUUGGAGACUGGUCCAUUCUGCGAUUCUCUCAGAAGAACAAGGGGUACUACGAGCCGGAGAUGCGGCUGUAUAUCUUGCACCUUCCAGCGAUCUGCAUGGCUGGAGGCUUGAUCAUGUUCGGCAUGACUAUAGACCGGGGCAUGCAUUGGAUCUAUCCCAGCGUCGGAGGCGCUCUGUUCGCCUUUGGACUGGGCAGUAUUGGCGACGCAACCCUGACCUUGGUCAUCGAUAGUUAUCGCGAGAUUACUGGCGACGCCUUCACGGGGAUCGCGUUCCUUCGCAAUAUUGUCAGCAUUGGAAUCCCCUUUGCUAUCACGCCCUGGAUGCAGACGCAGGGACUUCAAAAUAUGUUCCUUGCAUCGGGCUUUUUGUGUCUGGCCAUUUCUUUGCUGAUUCUUCCGAUGAUCAUGUUUGGGAAGCGAUCUCGGCGGUCUUGUGCGCCUCGCUAUUUCCGUCUGGUGGAGCAGCAGACCGUGAUACACGGGCACUAA